AGUCCCAUACCUAGGAACGGAACAGUUCUUUAAAGGACCAAGAGAGCUUGAAUCCAGACUUUUUUUGUCGGUGGAGUUGUCUCCUGAGUGCAGCCUGUUGGAGGGAAGAUGAAAAAAGAGUGUGCUUCCGGCUCUUUCAGAUUCAAACAAAAUUCAGGUUCUCUUUCACGUGCUGUCAGCUGGAUAAAUUUUUCCUCUCUAUCCAGGCAGACAAAGAGGUUGUUUCGCAGUGAUGGAGAACUCUCAAUAUGUGGGCAGCAGGUGGAAGAGGAUGAUGAAAAUUGGACCUACAGAACCCAGAGCAGAAAAGCUGUGUCCAACCUAGAAGAAGAGAGCAGAUGGACGGUCCAUUACACAGCUCCCUGGCACCAGCAGGAAAAUGUGUUUCUUCCCACCACGAGGCCACCCUGUGUGGAGGACUUACACCGCCAAGCCAAGCUCAAUCUCAAAUCGGUCCUGAGAGAAUGUGACAAACUACGGCGGGAUGGCUAUCGGAGCUCUCAGUACUACUCUCAGGGACCAACAUUCUCAGCUCCUUCCAGCACAGGAGGUGGCAGUUACCAAGAGGAGGAUGAAGGAAGCGAACGGAAGGGUUCUGUCUCUUCUGAAGAAGAAAAGCUUAUUCUUGUUAGGAGACCUAGAACACCAACCUCAAGUGAUUGUCCCGAUAUUAACACCCACACAAAUUGGAUCAAGCCCCUCCCACUACCAACACCAGAGGAGAAGAUGCGACAACAAGCCCAAACAAUCCAGAUGGAUGUAGUUCCCAUUAACGUAACUGGGGAGAAUUUCGAUCGCCAGGCCAGCCUUCGGCGGUCUCUAAUUUACACAGACACUGUGGUAAGACGGCCGAAGAAAGUCAAAAGGAGAAAGACUAUUACAGGAAUCCCUGACAGCAUUCAGAAGGAGCUAGCUACUGGCACUGGCCAGAGCGACUUUCGUGGUCACUCUGUGUAUGCCCCAGAUCACUGCUCCACGCUAGGAAGGAUGGACGGCUACUGCUGUACCCUGCAGCGCUCUGAAACCAGGGACUCCAGCUCCCAGACGGAUGAGGUGAAAGUGGUGCCCCCAUCCAUGAGAAGAAUCAGGGCCCAGAAAGGGCAGGGCAUUGCAGCCCAGAUGAGCCAGCUGUCUAACUCGUCCAGCAACAUGUCGGUGCUGAGCGAUUCUGCCGGCAUCGUGGGCCCUUCCCGCCUAAACAGCGAGGUGGGGUUCCACAGCCUCCCACGACCCGGAGCCAGGGUGUCCCUGCAGCCUCUAGACCGGGCACCGAUCAAUUCCGACCCAGAGGAAGACCUGGCCGGCCUCCUGCCCUACCAGAUGAGUAAAAUGCAAGGGGCCGACAGCCCGGUACACGUGGGAUGCGGUCCGUGGACCGGGGCCCUUCCGAGACCUCAAUUCCAGGAACUGGGUCACUUUGAGAGCGAAAAAGGACCCAACCCAGCAUGCGUGGUUUCCCCUCACGCGACAUACUCCACGUGCGUCAUACCGAAUGCCACGCUGUCGUCCUCUUCGGAGGUCAUAGUCAUUCAUACGACCCAGAGCACGGGGCAGCCAGACAGUAAGGUCUGCAGCGCCUCGUCUUCCGCUAAAACGAAGCCCCGCGACUAUCCCGCAGCCGUCGGUGCGGUGAAAGACGAUCACCAGUCUUCCAGUGGAAACUGGAGCGAGAGCAGCUCUACCCGCCACUCGCAGACCUCAGACACCCUCUGCGAUCCCGCUGUCUGCCCCAGCGCCCCGGGAAAUGGUGAGGCCGGACCCCAGAACCCGGCCUACGGCUGGAGGAACAACUUGAGUUUUCUUAACCACUCCCAGGAUAGCGACGGCCGCAGUGAGUCCAGUGGCUCGGGGGACAGAGGGUACGGCGGUACAGAACAUUGGGCAUGUAAGUCUCCGGAGAAGGCAUCUCCCCUCAGGCCCCCUUACGCCACCCCCGGCGGCUACUCCACUCCCGUAAGUAACAGGAGCAGCAGCAGUUUAGACAGGACGUCGGUCAGAGAAGACACCAACUCUUUGUAUUCGGUGGACCACGACGGCUACUACACCUCCAUGCACACCGACUCCGGACUCAAGUCUGGAAGCCGGUACGGGGGCAGUAAUGGCUUUGGGCAUCCCAGGCCCGGGGCGAUCGAUGUCUCCGAUGGGAGAGCUCCAAAGAACCCUGGGGACCGCACAGACUGCUGCGACCGAUCCCUCUCACGCAACAUCUCCUUGAAGAAGGCCAAAAAGCCGCCUCUCCCCCCGUCCCGGACGGACUCCCUCCAAAGGGCCCCCAAGAAAAGCGCCCAGUCGAACGGGCAGGUGCUGAACGAGACGCUCAUCGCCACCCUCCAGCAAUCCCUACAGUUAAACCUCCAGUGCCAGGAAGCCAGCUCGCCCUCUCAGAGCCCCUGCAGCGACUACGAGGAGCCGUGGCUUCAGCGUUCCCGCAGCCAGAGUACAGUCAGCGCCAGCAGCAGCAUGAUGUCCGCCACGGCGCCCAACAUGUAUUCCCUGUGCCCCGUCACGCCCUCCCAGAGUGACACGAGCAGCGUCCGGUCGGAGUACACGGACCCCUGGGGCUACUACAUCGACUACACUGGCGUGCCAGAAGACCCGGCAAAGACCGGGGGGCUGCCGUACCCACCCGGCGCGGCAGCCCCGCCUGGCGACGAUCCUGCCGGCCGCCUCCACGAUGGGCCUAGGGCUCCUCUGCCACCGGGGCCCGGCGGCGGGGCUGCCAAACCAAAGAACGCUUCUCCGGAGAAGUCUCACAGAGUCACUUCUCCCUCCAGCGGCUACUCCAGCCAGUCCAAUACCCCCACCGCACUCACUCCGGUGCCUGUAUUUUUAAAGUCCGCCUCCCCGGGAAAUGGGAAGUCGAAGCUUAAACCGAAAGUGCCUGAAAGGAAGUCUUCUCUGAUCUCGUCUGUGUCCGUCUCUUCGUCCUCGACGUCUCUGUCGUCCAACACGUCAGCCGAAGGGAGCAUGAGCGUGAAGAGGUCGGACCCGUUCGUCGGCGCCCCGGCUCCUCCUCCUUCUCCCCCGAGGCCUCCGCGGGCUCCCGAGCAGGCCCCUCUCCCUCCUCCUCCUCCUCCCUCGCUGGGUGCCACGGGGCUACCGCCUCAGCCUCCCUCUCCGCUUUUCCCCCCACCGCCUCCAGAAGCCCUGACGCCUUUCAGUUCUGGGGAUCAGGGAUUCCCCCCGCCACCCCCAACCUUAAGUACAGCCCUGUCCGAUUCACCGACUCCCUUCCCGUCCCCUCCUUCCCCGCCCGGGCCCUCUUCAGUCCCUCCGCCAGCCCCGCCGCUUGACCCCAAACUGAUGAAGGAUGCCCGGCCUUCUUUUAGAAAGCACGACCAGCCAGAGUCGGCCAAUGGUACAUUAAAACAGCCUUCCCGGAAGGAGGAAAGUCCCAGACCACCAAUGCCCUUAAUAACCACUCAAGUCCUGCAGACGGUGCAUUUGAGGCCUGUGAAAAAAACCCCGGGGCCAGAAGUUGCACAGUCGGUUGGGCCCCCAGCUGAAACUAAAUCUCAGGGAAAAAUAACUCCAGGUGUGCCACAUUAUCCUUUAAAACCAUCCCUUCCUCCGAGCGCCCCAAAUAGCAGCGAGGAGGAGAUCAAAACCCAGGUUGCCAGUGUGAACAGCACCCCUCCGACUCCCGCUAAGAGCUCACGUUGGGGUCAGCGAGAUAACGCAGCUCAGCCCAUUGGCCCUCAAAGCCUCGAAGCUGCCGUUCCUCCGACUCGGCCUUCCGAAGCGACCGUUGCGGGAACAGACGUGGAGGAAGUGGCUCCGGGGCCGGCCGAGAGGGCUCACCCCGGCCUCAGCCCCGCACGGCUCCAGGAGCGACUGGGCUCUCCAAAGGAGACACGUGGCCCUCCCUCCGGCAGGAAGCCGCCCCCGAUCUCAAAGAAACCCAAACUGUUCCUCGUGGUGCCACCCCCGCACAUAGAUUUCGCGGAUGAGCAGAAAGCCCAAACACCCAGUCCAACGAGAAGAAGGACUGGAGCUACGGGCCGCGAAGAGGUGCGAGACUGUUUGGAAGUGGGACCCGGCGCCGAUGAGACGGACUGUGGCAGGGCGGCUCCCGAGGGAGGAGCCGAUUCCAUCGUCCGUGAGGCAACGGAAGCCAAUGCCUCGAUGGUACAGCCUGCUGCAUCACCAGCUCGAGAAGCUCCCAGACAGGAGGAGGAGACCACUGCCACGGGAAAAGGCGUCCAUUCGGAGAGCGGUAGGGGUCCCGGUGCCCACGGGGGCCUCCCCCCUUCGCAGGAGGAUGGAAGGGCCGGGGUGUUUGAGGUGGAUUCCGCUAGCCCUGCCUCCCAGCCAGCUGCCAACGGUAAGGAAGAAGACAGUGAUGAGGUGAUGACUCCAAGUAGACCAAGAACUACAGAAGACCUAUUUGCAGCGAUUCACAGAUCCAAAAGGAAAGUCCUUGGCCGUAAAGACUCAGAUGAGGACCACUCCCGGAACCAUUCCCCCUCGCCGCCGGUGACCCCAACGGGCGCGGCCCCCGCCCUCGCCUCCCUAAAGCAGGCGGGCUCCAUUCAGCGAAGCCUCCGCAAGAGCAGCACCAGCAGCGACAACUUCAAAGCCUUACUGCUGAAGAAGGGCAGCCGCUCGGACACCGGCUCCCGCAUGUCUGCGGCCGAGAUGCUGAAGACCACGGACCCGCGGUCCCAGAGGGCCAAGGCGGAGCCCCCGCCGGACAGCCCCGACAGCCGGUCCCCGGGCGGGAACCGCAGGACCCAGGAGGAGUGGGCCAAGACCGAAGGCCUGAUGCCCCGGAGCCUGUCCUUCUCUGGGGCCCGCUACGGCCGGAGCCGGACCCCUCCCUCGGCCGCCAGCAGCCGGUACAGCCUGCGGAACCGGAUCCAGAGCAGCCCCAUGACCGUCAUCUCGGAGGGAGACGGAGAGGGGGCGGAGGGCGCGGAUGGCCGAGGCCGCCGGACUCCGGGGGCCGGCAGGGAGGAGCCGCUCGGCCGGCGCCCCGGCGGGGAGACCCAGCCGGACGGCGGAGCGGGCGCCACGGAGGCCACUGCGUCCGCCAGGACCGGUCAGAGUGCCACGGGCGAGGCCGGGGGCCCGUCACCGGAGGAGAGCUAGGGGCGAAGCUUCAGGGAUCUCUUGGUGGUGGUCUUCCAGACGUCGCC